UUAGAAAAAAAAAUGUUAAAGCUGAUGUCAAGCAAAACGGUUAAGAGAUGUACACUGCCUGGCCAAAAAAGUCACCACCAUAAAAAAAAGUCACACUAAUAUUUUGUUGGAGCGCCUUCUUGGAAUAUGCCCGUGCCAUCAGGGAAGAAAAAAUCCAUUGAUUGAAUAACCUGGUCAUUCAAUAUAAUAAUAAUGCGUUAGACAGUUCUUAACCCAAUUUUAGUAGUUUCUGCAAUCUCCUUAGAUAUUUUCUCUGCUUGAUGCAUGCCAAUGAUUUGACCCUUCUCAAACAGACUAACAUCUUUAUCACGGCCACGGGAUGUGUCUUUCGACAUGGUUGUUUAGGAAAUGAGAAGCAACUCAUUGCAUCAAUUGGGGUUAAAAAACUUGUUGCCAGCUGAAGGAUAACCCCUCCAUGCAGUAAUUAUCCAAUAUUAUCAAUCCUUCUACAGUAGGAGACACCUGCAGGCUAGUGCCGGGCGUGCCAGGCCCAGCGAGGCCUACAGAAUUGUGGAGGAACUGCCUUAUGACUCAGAAGAUUCACAGUACAGUGACAGCAGUGAUGAAGAGUGGUUGCCAAGUAAAAAAACUCUAGAUCAAUGUGAAAGUGCAUCUGAGGAGGAAGGACCGGAUGUAGAGGAUGUGGAGGAGGAAAGCCCAGAUGAAAUAGCAGUAGAACCUGGUGUGGAAGCACCAACAGGGAGAUCUGUUGACACACCAGCACCACCCGCGAAAGCAAAGAAAAAACAACAAAAAAGACACACCUGGAAAGUAAAGGACAGUCCAUGUGAGGGAGUGUUACCGGACUUCUUGGGAGAGUGGAGUCUAAAUGUUCAAGCAACUGAGCCCCUGGAAUUCUUCUUGCACCUCUUCCCAGAAGAACUCAUAGAUGAUAUAACAUACCACACCAACCUCUAUGCCCUCCAGAAGGGAAGGGAGAACCUGAAUGCUACAGCAGAAGAAAUGAAGGCAUUCCUUGGGAUAAACUUAGUCAUGACCUUCAUCCGCUACCCACGGAGACGGAUGUAUUGGUCAUCUGAGCAGGGACUCCGUUUACCUUUGAUUGCUGAUGCCAUGGCAGUGAACCGUUUCGAGGACAUUCUCCGAUACCUUCACUUUACAGACACCUCCUCAACGGAUCCAGGAAACGAUAAACUGUUUCGAAUAAAACCAGUGCUAGAUACUCUUCAAGCAAAUUUCCUCUCUGCUGUGGAUCCUGAGGAGUUUCAAGCCAUAGAUGAGAUGAUCAUGCCCUUCAAAGGCAAAUUGUCUAUCAAGCAAUACAUCCCCAAAAAACCCAAACCCUGGGGUGUGAAAAUUUGGGCAAGAGCAGGCGCUUCAGGAUACAUGUACCGCUUCGAAGUGUACAGGGGUGCAGCCAGCACAGGUGCGGUCAGCGAACUGGGAACGGCUGCAGACGUCAUCUUGCGCCUCUGUGAUGACAUCCAAUUCAAGAACCACAAGGUGUUUUUUGACAACUUCUUUUGCGGCAUUCCACUGAUUACUAUCUUGAAGGAACAGGGCAUCUAUGGCACUGGCACAUGCCGGGUCAACAGGCUUCAGGGGGCACAAGCGAAACUCAAGAGUGCAACAGAACUCAAAGAAGAAGGAAGAGGAGCUAUCUCUGUUGUCACCAAUGGUGAAGACGUCACUGUCACACGUUGGCUUGACAAUUCACUGAUCCACAAGGCCUCUUCCUGUCUUGGCAAGCACCCGACAGAUGUUGCACAGAGAUGGUCCAAGAAAGAUAAGAAGAUCAUCACCAUUGACAGGCCAUUCGCAGUGAAGGUGUACAACGAUUAUAUGGGAGGGGUCGGCCUGAUGGACCAGAUGGUGGCAAUGUAUCCCCACAGACGCAAGAACAAACGCUGGUACAUCAGAAUGUUCUUCCACUUCCUGGAUGUGACCGUUGUGAACGCCUGGCAUCUCCUCAGAUUCUCUGGAUUGGAGCAGGAUGGUCUUCUGCCUUUCAAGGCAUCUUUGGCUUGUUCAUUGAUAAAUUCAGGCACCGUUCGCAAAAGGGGGAGACCAACUUCCCCACCUCCUCUUCCUGUGAAGCGCAAACCUGUAUCCAAGGUAACCCGUGAGGUCAGGCUUGGCCCUGGAAACCACUGGCCCCAGCUAAACGACAUAAAAAAUGCCCAAAGGUGCCAAGACCCUGCAUGCACACGAAAAACGAAGUACAGCUGCAUGUGUUGCAAUGUGGCUGUGUGCCCUGGGUGCAUGGCAAAUUUUCACACAAGAUCUUGAACUGAUCUCUAGUUUGUCAAUUGAAGCACUGCAGUUUGUUUGGUUUUGCAAUUGAAACACUGUAGUUCAUUUUUCAGUGAAAAGGAAAAGCCCAGAAUGGUUGUUUGAAGAGAGCAAAAUAUUUUGAAAAGUAUAUUUUAUUGUUUUUGCAUAAUUCAAUAAACAUUGAAUGUUA